GUAAUUGAAAAAGGACCCUAUCUUAAACACCGCGGACGGUCUUAGGAAGUUGCUGAGCACUCCCACCUUCAAUCUCGUACCUAGGUCCUUGCCAUCCAUUAGGACCAACGUACGAGAUUUGAAAAAACGGCUGGACCGAGGGUUAGUGUCAAGGCAAUAAACCCAAAAAGAUCAAAGGGCGUUGCGUUUGAAGUAGUUAAAGGCGUAAUGGCUAGGUUGUCGAUUUUCGAUGGCGUUGACGCGACGUUGUAUUGUCCUACAAAAGAAAUUGGUCCAGCAAAUGAUGCUGCGCUGAAUUCUGACGUGACAUUACCUGAUUUCGCGACACUCAUGACCAGAGAUGAAAUAGAUGUUAAAUUUGAAGAGCGCCGAAAGCGUAAAGAAGAACGCGAGAGUGGAAGAUUCAUAACUCCUUUAAAAAACAGAACUCCAGUAUCCAGUCCGAGUGUUAUUUCGACACGUCCUGUAAGUGCGUCAAGUCCAGCAGUGCAUGGAAAUGCGGGUAGAAGAGAGAAGGAAAAGGCGCUGUCAAGCGCAAUUGAGGAUAAGAUCAACAGCAUGCGAAUGGACGAUGACGAUGAAGAAUUGGAUUCGAAGAGCAAUGGAGAUGAAGAUGAAGAAAAUGAGAACUCUGAUGAAUUAUUAACUCAAAUUGCUUCGCAUUCGAAAGACGUUUACGUGUUUUCAAAAUCUGAAGUAAUUGAACAUAGUGUCGAGAAGUUACCUUCUCCUUACGUGGUGAAUGGAUUGUACAGAUACAGCUUCGAGAAGAAAGGCGGAAAGAUGACUUUUAAGAGGAUCAAAGGUUCGGGGCUGUGUGCCGAUUAUUAUAGAAUUUUGCUCGCCGAUAACUCGGAGAUUGUAUUAGCGAAAGCAAAGUAGCUAAGUGAUGAAGAGUGGUACACUGCUAACUGCAGACAAACCUUUAGUGGUGAUCAUUUCUUCCGGACCGAUCUGAUGCUAUGAACGUUCUCUUUUUGGGUAGGAAGGCUGGCGCAAGACCUGGCAAUGGCAACGGCGAAAAACAAGGGAAUUGAUAUCGUCGCAAUAAGCGAACAAUACCGGAACAAGGAUGAGAAGGACGGAUGGUAUGGCGAUGCGAG